CCAUCGGGCCAGCGUCGUGCGCAUGCGCGGCCCCGGCGCCAUUUUGGUGGCCGGGCGCGGAGGUGAUUCUACACUGAGGAGAGCGCGGCGGAAAGGGUGGCAGUGGCAGCGUUCGGGUGCUCGGGUCUGAAUCACCGAGGGAGGAGGAGGCGGUGGAGAAGGCGGUGGCGGCGACGGCGGUGGUGGUGGUCGUAGCGGUGGCGGAGGAGGCGGGUACGAAUCAGCUGCGGGCGGAGACAUGGCCAACAUCGCGGUGCAGCGAAUCAAGCGGGAGUUCAAGGAGGUGCUGAAGAGCGAGGAGACGAGCAAAAAUCAAAUUAAAGUAGAUCUUGUAGAUGAGAAUUUUACAGAAUUAAGAGGAGAAAUAGCAGGACCUCCAGACACACCAUAUGAAGGAGGAAGAUACCAACUAGAGAUAAAAAUACCAGAAACAUACCCAUUUAAUCCCCCAAAGGUCCGGUUUAUCACUAAAAUAUGGCAUCCUAAUAUUAGUUCCGUCACAGGAGCUAUUUGUUUGGAUAUCCUGAAAGACCAAUGGGCAGCAGCAAUGACUCUCCGCACUGUAUUACUGUCAUUACAAGCACUGCUGGCAGCUGCAGAGCCGGAUGAUCCACAAGACGCUGUAGUAGCAAAUCAGUACAAACAGAAUCCUGAAAUGUUCAAACAAACAGCUCGGCUUUGGGCCCAUGUGUAUGCUGGUGCACCAGUUUCUAGUCCAGAAUACACCAAAAAAAUAGAAAACUUAUGUGCUAUGGGCUUCGAUAGGAAUGCAGUAAUAGUGGCCUUGUCUUCAAAAUCAUGGGAUGUAGAGACUGCAACAGAAUUGCUUCUGAGUAACUGAGGAUAGAGAGCUGCUCAUAGUCAAGUUUGCCUCUUGAGGAGCACCAACAUCUGUUAUUUUUAGGGUUCUGCAUAAAUUUCUUUUAAACUGGCAUUCUUGCCUAAUGAUGUUACCUAGGCACCAUUGGAGACUGAAAACAACAAAUUCCCUGCUCUGUAAAUAAAGCUAAUUAAACGUCUGUGUACAUUUAAAAGGGGACAUACUUUUAAUUUUUUUUUCUUGAUAGUGUAAAAAAUCUGAGCUAAGCUAAAACCAUGGAGAAAACAUGCUACUUUAGUGUUUAGCAGUGUAACAAGACUAGCAAGAGUUUGCUUCUGGAUUUUGUUGAAUAAUUAAGAUAAUAUUUUGAGUGUGUCAGGGCCAUUCAAAUUGUUGGUGUUGCAUCACAGCUACCUUAACUGUUCUGAACAUGGAUCCUCUGUGCCUGUGAAUUUACUUGCAUGCUUGUACUUGACUUCUUAGGAGGGGAGCUGAAAAGACCACCACCAUUUUAAGCGUUAGAACAUUUGUAAUAGGAGAUUUCUCCAGAAUUGAAGUUGGUGACCUCUUCAGAGCCUUUUUGUUCCUGUCAGCAGAUUGGGAAACGGAAUCUUUUCUCCCAUUACUGUACACACUACCAUUCUAAUGGAAAGUUUCUCUGCAUUGGGUGGGGGAUGAGCUAGGGUAUUAUGGAUGAGAGGGGGCAGUGUCCAUUGCUCCAUUUUUAGGUCAUAGGUUUGGAAUGUUUCUUCACACACAUUAAGAUAUCCUAUGUCAAUAAUAAUGGAAAAAGGGAGCCUCCAAUUUUACUACUCUUUUAAAAAACAGUACAUACUGUUGCUAUACUCCCAGAUUUAAUGAAAGGACCCAACUCAGUUUUUCAUUGAAUUUCACAUAGAUUUUUUUAACUUGAUUAGAUUUUUGUCUUUGAGAACUUGCCACAACGCAAUCAGUGUUUUCAGUCAUUUUGAGCCUAAGUUUGGGCCAUUGUGGACACUGCUUUACUAGAUACGUUCAGUCACUGCUCACUGCGCUUCCCCGUGUUGGCACCUGAAAACUGGGUUGGGGUUUUACUGUACAUACUUCAGAUGCACAUAGGAAUAGAAGUGUGUUAUAAAUCUAGCUUUCUUUAUGAUGUUUCUGAUAGGGAAUUGAAACUUCUUGUACAUAGUCAGGCUUUCUAUUCAUAUUAAUGUGAUCUUUCUUUCUAAGUUCCAAGUUUCAACAUUAUUAGUUUUGCAAGCUCAACCACAAUUUGACCAUUUUAUGAAGCUUGAAAUGGAUUUAUGCAGGCAGUUUGAUACAGAGUAAUAUAAUUCUUAUUAUACUUUCAGGACCAAUGCAAAAUAACAAAAAUGUAAUGGAAUCCAACUGAAUUAUAGAAAGGUUGUAUAUUGACAGUCAUAUUAUAAAACUUUGCUUUCUUAAGUGUUAUUUAUCUUAAGCUAUAAUCAUUAAGUGUUUGGAAGAUAAUUUUUGAACCUAUUAAGUCAGCAUAACUUACUUCAUUUGACUUUUGAAUAAUCUUGGUACUACAAGCAAUAAAAGAACCAUUAUUAAACAUUUGUAAUGUUAAAAAUGUGAAGGUUCUUCCAAAAACUUGUAAGGCUUUCCUAAUUAAUAGUAGACUCUUACAGUUUAUAUUAGUGUAUAGUAAACACAAUUUGCUGUUCUCUCCCCUGUAUUUGCUUAAGCUUAAAUAUCCUCAGUCACAUUGUUUUUUUUUUUUUGCUGUAGUUUAGUUAUUUUUUAAAGAUGCCAAAGGAAACAAGAUUUUUCUUUAUUUAUUGAAAUAGCUAAAACACUUUUCUUUAUAUUUUGAAAGGGUGGGAUAUGUGAAAACAUACAGUUUUGUUCUAUUAUUGGUUAGAAAAAAAUUUUAAAUUGAAGGUGACUUUUUAAUAUUAGUAAUGUUUGGGUUUAAACAAAUAAACACAUUUAUCCUGUUUAUUGUUUACCCAUACUUUCAGGGUAGAUGUGAGGAGAGAAAAUUCAGAGGAUACUAAAGUCAAGCAUUGCAUGCUCUGCUCUUGGAGGCAGCUGAUCUUGCUUUGAUUUUUUGCACACAUUUGCCCAUGUUGGCCACAUACUUUAUCUACUCAUCUGACUACAUUUCAGCACCCCAAUGCCCAGGAAACUGGAAAUAAUACAUGGUGUAACAAGAUCAUAAUGGAGUCUUGACCUGGUGCUGAGGCUGAUGAUUCUAGUACUUAGGAUAUAAAGAAAGAUAGGUAAUGCAAGGCCAGAUCUUUUCAACCCUCAACAUUUAAACCCCAACAUU